AAUUACGCGGGAGAAAACUAAUCUUAUUCUAGCUCCUUGCAGAACGUUACCAAUUAAGUAUUAAUGAACAAUCGUUGAAGCGCAUAUCGAGGAUUUGUAUAUGCAAAUUUGUGAAAGAAAUUAUAUUGUUUUAUUAUCUACUGGAAGAUUCUAUUAAUUUACUUUCGCUUACCAACAAUUCGUCUACCAGUUUGAACAUUUUGUCGCUGAUGGCGCCAACGUAGAGGAACAGUAGAGUGGAACAAAUGAUUCUUGCCGCAUUUUAGACUACGUCUUACGAAGGUGACAACAAGAAUUUAUUGUUGAUCGGAGAUAUAUAAAUAAUCGUUAUAAAGUUGUUGUAACUGCUGUUGAAACGAUUGAUUUACAAAGGGAGAGGUGCCAUAACCUCCUUUAAUCGCAUAACCUCGUUCGACACAGUAAAUAUUGUUUAACACGACUUGGAAACAAAUGGCAAAUCGAGUGAACGUUUUGUUAACAUUCGUACGCCAUCGACACACGUCAAAGCAUUGGGCAAAAGAUGCUGCCAAGUACGGAUACAUCACCUAUUACAAACGUCACCCGGAUCAUGUCGAUCCACCGAUCACACCGUCAAAGGUUCUGAUGAUUCGCAGAACCUCAUCUUUCAAAGGCAAUCCUUGGUGGGAGAAAGGGAUCCUUACAAAAUUGAAACUGGAGGAGACCCGUGGUCCGAUAUUUGUGAAGAAUACUCCGGAAGUAUGCAGAAUGAUUUGGAAUAUAAAACAUUUAGUAGAAAUCUUUCCAGUGAAGACACCCGACCAGCUGACAAAAUUCGACGAAUCAACGGAAUAUCACGUGGACGAAUAUGGAAACGUUCACGUUGCCGGUAGAGUAAACGCUGAUCGUGAAAAAGCUACUGAAGAUUUCCAAUCAUCUGUGAAAAGAUUAGAGUACGAGAACAUGUCUGAAAAACUGAGACUCCAAUGGCUGAAGGGAACAGCCAUAUAACGCGAUGAAUCGUGAAGCGUACAAUGUACAUAAAAUCAAUGAGAUCCUCAUUUGUAUGAUUGGUGAGAGAAGAUAUAAAUAUAACCAUUGAACAAAUAAUAUACUUUAUUUGCAUGUUGA